UUUGGCUUUUUCAAGAUGGCGGCGCCCAGGAGAGUCCGUAGCGGAAGGCUGUGGGACGGUUUGCUGGCCUCCGCGUUCUUCCUCCAGCUCUUCCUUUCGGCGGCCGGGGCGGAUGAAGCUUCCGCCACGGCCGAGUUCGACGUGAGGCCCGGCGGCAUGGUCCACUCGUUUUCCAAGAGCCUGGGAGACUAUACCUGCAUUUUUACCUACGCUGCUCAAGGUGGGACCAAUGAGCAAUGGCAGAUGAGCAUGGGCAUCAGUGAAGACAACUUGCUGUUUUCUUGUUCGGUCUGGAGGCCCCAGGGGAAGUCUUAUCUCUUCUUUACACAGUUCAAAGCCGAUGUAAAAGGAGCAAAGAUAGAGUACGCCAUGGCCUAUUCCACAGCUGCAUCUGGAGGACAGAAUGACAUCCCCUUAAAGGAAGAGGAAUUUCAAGUGACCGAAACAGCAGUGACCCACAAGGAGGGCAAAUUCCGGGCAGAGCUUUCCAAACUGCUCAUCGUAGCCAAGACAGCUCAUGAUGAGCUAUGAACCGAUGACAUCUUCCUGGCUGAUUUUUCACAAGGACAAUACAUGGACCUUCAGAUCAGUGCUGGGAGUUUUGUUUUGCAAUGGGUGGGAGGGAUUCUCUUUUAUAUAUUUAAUUACCAUUUGAGCAGAACCUUGGGAGGCUAUAGACAAACCAUGUGCUGCUUUAGCAUCCCAAGCUGGCAGUCUACUGUUAUGAUGUCUUUUUUGGGGUAGUGUGGAGUGUAAGAGUUUGCUUCUUUACCAGCAUUCUCUUAUGGAGGUUGCCUCGAAUAUGAAAAAAUUCACCACAGACAUGGAAAACUAACUAGGGUGCGCUACCCACUUUCCUCAGUACCAGCAUUUAUAAUCUGGUCCUUCAAUACCCAAUCUGACAAUGCUUGACGGCAGCUGUUUUACAACAGAGGCAUCAAAAAAAUCACAGAGAGUGUGAUUUCUUUAUAUAUUCCAGAAAGUUUUAGCACCAAAAAGUGGCUGCUUUUGAUAAAUUGGUUUAACAACUGCAGGAGAGCCCCAUAUGGGGAUAUAAAAGGUGAGCAAUAUACAAAUAAAUGUGAAUAUAUAUCUUAA